AUGAUGAACAGAGAACAGAUUGCCAAAGUUUCAAUUUUCCUAAAUGAAAUUUACAGGUAUAUUAAUUGGAUACUUAUUGAAAUAAAAAUUUACAAAUAAAUAAUGCCUAAACAUAGCAGAUCUGAUAGUAAUAACUAUUCUUUUAUCUAUCAUAGACAAAUAUUAGGUAAUAGUUAUAAUAAGAUUUUUUCUUGGGGUUUCUAAAGAAAUAUCAAGUUAUUUAAUACCAGUUUAUAUAAAAUCAAUAUAUCCCCCAUAAUAUUUCAGUUAAUUCAAUAUGUUUGUUAUGAUAUUGGAUAAACACAGGAUAUGUUAUUGGACAAUUGGUGGACAUAGGUUACUACAAUUAUUUGCACAAGUAUAAUGCAUUUUGUAUAUAAUUAUAACAAUCCUAAAUAAUUAAUUUAGAAAGGUUGA